AAAAUAUGCGCGACUAAGUUGCAUUGUGCUCUAACGCACCCGCUGAUCUCUUUUCUGUAACUUUCCAGAACCUCUUCCCAGCGUCCCCUGCGCGCCCAACAUGGAGGAACUGACGGUGGAGGUUCGUAGCUCUAACGGAGCAUAUUACAAGGGAUUUGUUAAAGAUGUCCUUGAAGAUUCCCUCACCAUUGUUUUUGAAAACAACUGGCAGCCAGAACGUCAGGUUCCAUUCAGUGAUAUACGAUUGCCACCUCCACAAGAUGCUAAAAAGGACAUCGGUGAAGGAGAAGAAGUUGAGAUUUACUCACGAGCUAAUGAUCAGGAACCCUGUGGUUGGUGGCUUGCCAAAGUGCGAAUGAUGAAGGGUGAUUUUUAUGUUAUUGAAUAUGCGGCUUGUGAUGCCACUUACAAUGAAAUAGUUACAUUUGAACGUCUUCGACCUGUGAAUCGUAAUAAGCCUGUGACAGAGACAACCUUCUUCAAAUGUAUAAUUCCAGUUCCAGAGGAUUUAAGAGAUGCGUGUCAGAAUGAACUUGCUCAUAAAGAUUUCAAAAAAGCAAUUGGAGCUUGUCGUAUCUUUUUCUGUACUGAAACAAAGCAGUUGAUAGUUUUGUCUACAAAUGAAGCGACUGUGAAGAGGGUCAAAAUAUUGAGUGACAUGCAUUUGCGCAGUAUUCGCACAAAAUUGAUGUUAAUGUCAAGGAAUGAAGAAGCAACUAAACACUUAGAGAGCACAAAGCAAUUAGCAGCAGCCUGUCAUGAAGAAUUUUCUGUUAGAGAGGAUCUGAUGGGUCUGGCAAUUGGAACUCAUGGAAGCAAUAUUCAGCAAGCAAGAAAAGUACCUGGAGUGACUGCAAUUGAACUUGAUGAAAAUACUGGUACUUUCAGAAUUUAUGGUGAGAACAGUGAAGCAGUUAAAAAAGCAAGAGGCUACCUUGAGUUCAUUGAAGAGUCUGUUCAGAUUCCAAGAAAUUUGGUUGGAAAAGUAAUUGGCAAAAAUGGAAAGGUAAUACAGGAAAUAGUGGAUAAAUCUGGAGUAGUUCGUGUUCGAAUUGAAGGAGAUAAUGACUCAAAACUUCCACGAGAGGAGGGAAUGGUUCCUUUUACUUUCGUAGGCACAAAGGACAGCAUUGGAAAUGUUCAGGUUUUCCUGGAAUAUCACAUAAAUUACUUACAUGAAGUUGAACAAUUAAGAAUGGAACGACUUCAAAUUGAUGAACAGCUUCGGCAAAUUGGGAUGGGUUUCAGGCCUGCAUCCAGCAGAGUAACCGAAAAAGAUAAAGGUUACACUACAGAUGAGAGCACAUCUGCUUCUUCACUGCAUGGCAGCAGGUCUUAUAGUGGAAGAGGUCAUGGCAGGAGAGGUCCUAAUUAUACUUCGGGUUAUGGGACAAACUCUGAGCAGUCAAAUGCAUCUGAAACAGAAUCUGAUCGAAAAGAUGAACUAAGUGAUUGGUCACUUGCUGGGGAGGACCAUGAUCGGGUACCACGGCAACAUCGUGAUAGCAGGAGACGUCCAGGACCUGGAAGAGGGCGUGGAGGGUCUGGAUCCAGGGGCAGUGGAUUAACACGAGGGAGUGGCACUUCCUCCAUCACUUCUGUUUUUAAAGAUCCAGACAGCAACCCUUACAGUGUAUUGGAUAACACAGAAACUGAUCAGACUGCAGAUACAGAUGCCAGUGAUUCUCACCAGAAUGCCGGCCGGCGACGCAGAUCACGUCGUCGCCGAACUGAUGAAGAUGCAAGUCUCAUUGAUGGAAUGACAGAGUCCGAUAGUGCUUCAGUUAAUGAGAAUGGCAUAGAUUAUUUGGAAGGAAAAUACCAGCGGCGUAAUCGUAGUCGUAGGCGACGUAUGCGCAGUCAGGCAGAAGACAGGCAGCCAGUGACGGUAGCUGAUUACAUAUCACGUGCUGAAUCACAGAGUAGACAACAAAACACGGUGAAGGAGAAUUUAACAAAAAAGUUGGCACAAGGUGAUUUAAUUGAAGAACAUAGUUCCUCAGGAGCACCCAUGAAUGGCCCUGGCAACAAUUCUGGUGAUGAAAAUGAAGAGUUUCAGCACACAUCCUCAGAAGGAGACCAGAAAGUGAAUUUGGAGGAUGAUGAAAGUACAUCACAGCCUGUUCUGAAUGGAAUUUCCUAAACACCCAUUUUUAAAAUACAUUUCACUCUUCACAAUAGUGCUUGUACAAGCUUGCCAAAGAUAGAAAUAUGAACUGCCAGAUUUUAUACUGCACUUUUUAGUUCCUUCAUUAUGGAACAAAAUAAGGGGAUACAUUUUUAAUAACAUAUUACAUCUAGUAUGUUUAUAAAAACAUUAUCAGAUGAUGUGCCUUUGGAAUGUUAAUUGAAGGUUAAAGAAAUGCUGGAUAUAGGUUUUUUGUUUGUUUGUCUAUUUUUUGUAUUUUGAAUAAUUUAAAGUUGGGAAUGAUCCCCUGAUACUCUAAUGUGGUAUAAGAAGCAUUAAUGGCUUUUGUUAAAUUGUAAUAUGCAACCACUUCUUCAUAUGAGGAAAUCUAUGAAAUGCAGUCUUGAAAAAAUAUAUAUUUGCACUGAACUGUAACUUUCCCUUUAGAAUGUUUAGUCUAGAUACAGGUCUAUUUUACAACUUUGUUGUCAUUUUUUAAAUGCUGUAUGUAAGGAAAAAUUGCAGAAAAACUGGAAACUCUGUAGUAGAUUAACAUUGGCAGUGACUGUUUUGAUAAGAUACUUUGGGGUUAUUUAUUUAAAUAUGUACAGUAUUUAAAAAUAAAACGUAGCUUUUCAAAUGUUCAAACACUAUGUUUCAAGACAGAUUCAAUCAAACUACUGACAAGAUCAAUUUCCAGGUAUGUGUAUUGUUUUGUUUUUUUUAACUUUGUUUUCUUUUGUGUAAACUACAUUUAAAUUCUUUUACUUUUAAGAUUUGUUUUCAUUUUGGUUGUUUGAUGUGCAAUAUGUUUUGUAUGCAGGUAGUUCUAAAAUAAAUUUUGAUCUUCCAA